AUGAAAAUAACAGGCGAUUACUGCGAUGUCUACCUCACACACGACUCUAUGAGCGUGCGCAAGGCACACAACUCCGGCCGCAACCACUUGCGCAAUGUUGUCGACUACUACCAGCGCCGUGCCGAACCCACAUAUGGUCGUCCCAGGUGGUUACCUGCCUCCGUUCGCCUUUCCUGGUCAGGACCCCCCGUCAAUGAGGAAGAAACUUUCACCAACACUGAUAAUCUAGGCGCUCACCCCGGCCAACUGGCUCCUCCCUUCGGUAUUCCUCCUCCUGGAGCCCCCGGUGCCCCAAUGAUGCCUCGUAUGGGCGCUCCUCCCGGUGUGGGCGCUCCUCCUGGUGUGGCUCCUCCUGGUAUGAGUGCGUUCCCUCCUGCCAUGCGUGGUCCCCCUGGACCCCAGAACUCGUCCAUCCCCACCGGACCUCGUGGAGCAGAUGGAUAUCCCGGUGCUCGUGGGCAUUCGUUUGAGCAGGAGCGACAGUGGUAG